GCGGGGCGGGCAGAGCCUGCCGUCGGCUCGGGCUCCUCCCGCGGGAGGCCGGCCGGGCCGGGCCCCGCCUGCCCGCCAUGGCGGAGGAGCGGCGCUUUCUCUCGGUCUCCGGGGUGCCGAUCGCGCUGCGGCGCCGCCAGCACAGCGCGUCCUGCCGGGAGCUGGCGGUGCGCGGCCCCCGCCUGCAGCUGCGCUCGCUCAGCGCCGCCACCUCCGCCGUCUGGCUGGCGGCCUACGGGCUCUUCGCGCUCAGCGAGAACAGCAUGGUGCUCUCUGCUGCCAUCUUCAUCACGCUGGUUGGCCUGAUCAUAUACCUGCACUUCGUGAAGAUUGACCAGGAAUCCCUGCUGGUCAUCGGCUCACUCGGCAUUCAGGUGACUUCAUCCUAUGCCUCAGGGAAAGAGAGCACAACCUUCAUUGAGAUGGGUCAAGUGAAGGAUGUGGUUAUCAAUGAAGCCAUCCAUAUGCAAAAAGUUAUCUACUACCUGUGUAUCCUCCUCCAGGACCCUGAAGAUCCUCAGGGAGUAUCUGAGGUUGUGCCACUCUUUCAGAGUUCCAAGCCACGACUGGACUGCUUGAUAGAAGUGUACAAAAGUUGCCAAGAGAUCCUGGAGCAGACAAAGACAGCUCCACAACCAAGUGAAAUAAAAUAGCUGAAAAAAAGACAGCAAACUUUCAGCAGGACUCAGAGGGACACAUGGAAAAGCAAGCAAAACUGCCCCAUGAGCAGAACUUUUUAGGCUCAGACAGAAGAAGCUUUUUCUUGCCUCUCCAGAAAAGAAUUAUAGGGAAAUAGGGCAAAGAGAGACGAGAAAAUGCAUCAAUUUUUUACUGUUUUAUGCAUCUGAAAAUUAUGCUAAAAUUAUAAAAUAACCUGCCGUAUGUAUGCAUUCUUUGGGUUUUAUUUAACCCUUUGUUUGAAAAGCACAUUCUCACACUCUUAAAUACAAAAGCUGAUGUGUGAGAUCAGACAGUAACUUCCUGAUGACAGGAGAAUUUCAGAAGGACAAAACCACAAAAUUAAACUGUUGCAUUUAGUUAUGUUUGGAAUGGAAUAAACAUGAGAGAUCUGAAGACUGACCUCUUCAGGAUCUGCUUGAAGGAGGCCCAUGUGAUGGGGUCCCUAGAGGAAAGAGGGAUCUGAGGAAGCUGAUUGAUCAGUCAAGGAUCAUUUCUUCUGAGAUCAAGAACAGCCCAUCCCAAUGAGCAGGAAGUGAAGCAGAAAUGCCAGGAAGCCUGCAUGGACGAGCAAGCUGCUCCUGGCAACGCUUGAACAAAAAAAGGAAGUAUACAGAAGGUGGAGUUAGGGACAGGUAACGUGGGAGGAAUGUAGCAACACUGUUCAAGAUGUAGUUAGAAAAGUUAAAGCCCGGCUGGCGAUGAAUCAGUUGAAGGAUGUCAAAGGCAACAAAAAUGGUUUCAGUAAGUGUUGCCCUAUCAAAAGGAGCACAGGGAAAAUGUGAUCCCAUUGCUGAAUGGGGCAGGGUCUGUUGACACAGGACAUGGAAAAGAUGUGGCAUUUAAAGGGCCACGUCACUUACUCUGAGAAUAUGAGGCACAUGUGUUGUUGAAAAUGAUGGUAAUGACAGUGUGAGUAAAGUUUUAUUAAUCUGUGCUCUUGGCGGAAACUCAAGGUUGGGAAAUUCUUCUUUGUUGAUAAGAUAAAAGUUACUUUAACAC